AUGUUCAUGAUCUUCCUUGUCUGGUCGGUCUACUUGCUUGCGGACUGGGCAGCAGCCUUCGCCGUGGGGCUUAUCUCUAACAGCCAAGGCGAGGACUCUCAACCCGUCGAUAAUGGAGACCUCCUCGCCUUCUGGGCGCCGUUCCUGCUUGUCCACUUGGGCGGCCCCGAUACGAUUACUGCCUUUGCUCUCGAGGAUAAUGCUCUCUGGCUCCGGCACCUAAUUGGGCUUCUGUUCCAGGUCUUUGCGGCUUUCUACGUCUUCCUCCAGACCCUCCCGGACAACAAGCUCCUCGUCCCCACAAUCCUCAUGCUCCUUGCAGGGAUCGUCAAGUACGCAGAACGGACCCGAGCGCUGUACCUUGCGAGCCUGGACAAGUACAAGGCGUCCAUGCUCAAGAAGCCCGACCCAGGGCCCAACUAUGCGAAGCUCAUGGAUGAGUACGCAUCCAAGAAGGAGGCCAAUCUCCCCACCCGAAUCGAUAUGAUUGCAGAGCCCAAAAAGGACAGCUCCAAGACCACGGCCUUCGAUGACUUUCCACGGGACCUCAACGUGAUCGAUUCUGUGAAGUAUGCUUAUCAGUUCUAUGAGAUCUUCAAGGGCCUCAUCGUCGACCUCAUCUUCAGCUUCCACGAGCGGAACUACAGCAGAAGCUUCUUUCAGUCGAGAACAGCUGAUGAUGCCUAUAAUGUGGCUCUCAUCGAGCUUAAUUUCAUGUACGAGGCUCUGUACACUAAAGUUGUCGUGGUGCAUUCUCUAGUGGGCUACAUCUUCCGAUUCUUUGCUUUGGAUUUGAUUGCGAUGUUUAUGGUCUUCUUCUCUGACUGGAAUGUCGCAAACAUCAAGAAGUUGGCCAAAACGGACGGAUCAGUGGGCGAUUUCGUGGACAGGUGCCUUAGGCCAAUCCUAAGCUCCUUCCUCAGGAGAAAGAUUCCAAGGACUUCGAAAAUCAAACUGGGGGAAAAAGAAUCACCAAAAAAGAACCGAUGCCUUAGUCCAAUUCUAAGCUCCUUCCUCACCAGAAAGACUCCUAGGACUUCAGAUAUCCAACUGGGGGACAAAGAAUCACCAGAAAAGAAAUCGGGGGACAAAGACAAUUUUGUAUACGAAGUGUUUGAUACUCCAGUGCUGUGUCGCCGGUGGGCAGAGUCGAUCUCUGCACACAAUCUCAUUGGGUAUUGCAUAAAGGCAAAGCCGCGAAAGAUCUGCAAACCGAUGGGUUGCUUCGGCUGGAUGGUCCACAUCAUAGGCGUUGUCAUCUCUUCCCCAUUCCUCAUCAUCGUGAAACUGCUGCAAUAUCUGAAGUUAUUUUUUGAGAAAUUAGAUGAAUAUUGCUGCUCUCAUUUGGGUUUCAUCGGGUCCUUGUAUGCUGAUGCUAUCUGGCUUUUCGAAAGGAUCUUCAUGUUUGUCUUCGAUAACUUGGGUUUGACUGAGAUUUCCGAGGAGAUGACAUAUGUCUCGAAGAAUGCAUUCCCUAAGGCACUGUGGAAGUACAUCUUCGAUGAGUUGAUAGUGAAGGCCUCACUCGCAGAUGAUCCCGAGACAGCGAAAAUAAUAUGCGAAGCCAAAGGCGACUGGGUCCUCCAAGACAAUUCCUUUGCAAUCGAUCACGAGAAAGUCUCACUAAUGCAAUACGUCAAGAACGUGGAGUACGACCAGAGCAUCCUUCUCUGGCACAUUGCAACCGAUCUCUGCUAUUACACCGAAGAAGAGAACAGCUUAAACGAGCAGAACAAUGAGAGGGAAUUCAGCAAGAUGUUGUCCGACUACAUGCUGUAUCUCUUGGUGAGGCAGCCCAAGAUGAUGUCUGCUGUAGCGGGAAUCGGGCAGAUCAGGUUUCGGGACACUCAUGCUGAGGCCAAGAAGUUCUUUGACCGGGGAGGACUAGCUUCUGUCGCAACUGAAGAUGAAAAAAUGAAGAAAGCAUGUAAGAAGGUCCUUGACGUGAACACGGAUGUUAGGCCCAUUGCAGUGAAGGGAGAUCGCAGCAAGUCGGUUCUGUUUGAUGCCUCUAUUCUGGCCAAGGAGCUGAAGAAGCUGGACAACCAGAUGGAUAAAUGGAAGGUGAUGUGCAAGGUAUGGGUCGAGCUUCUGUCUUACGCUGCGAGUCACUGCAGGGCCGAUACUCAUGCUCACGUGCUGAGCAAAGGUGGGGAGUUCGUCACUGUGGUUUGGCUGUUGAUGGCCCAUUUGGGGAUCGGAGAGCAGUUCCAGAUAAACGAGGGCCAUGCUAGAGCGAAACUGAUGGUGGGUAAGUGA